GGAGUACUCGAUAUAGGUAGACAUCAAUCACGGAAAGCAGCCAUGGCGAACGUAGAAGCUGUCGCAUCGCCUCAAGGUACCAAGCGUACGAGAGACGACGUAGAAGCCGAGGACGCGACUCAAAACACCAAUACCACAAAUCAGGACGACGACGAUACAUCAUCAGACGACGAUGACGACCUUGGCCCAGCGCUACCAUCAGCGGCAGCAGCACCUAAAAAGAAGCGUAGAAAGUUGCCUUACGAGAAGCUAUAUGUUGCCGCGCUCCCUGCCUCGCAAAGAUACUCGAAGUCUAUGAUGCAUCAGGACCAACUCUGUUUCAAUACCUUUACACCCCAUACCGAUUUCCUCAUUACCACCUCAAUCGACGGUGUCGUCAAGUUCUGGAAGAAGGUCGCGGACGGCAUCGAAUUUGUCAAGGAAUUCAAGGCACACGAGGGAGAGGUCAAGAGCGUGAGUGUGAGCGCCGACGGACGCAGCUUUGCAACAGCUGGCGUCGAUGGUUCAGUCAAAAUAUUCGAUGUCAUUACUUUCGACCUUCUAGCUAUGCUCACUCCAGAGCUAGCCCCGCCGAAAUGUGUCUGCUUCGUACACGGUCGAGGUGCCUCCAUGCCCCUUCUGGCUGUCUCCUACGAGGGCAGCCCCUCAAUCACCCUGUACGACGGCAGAGGCGAGAACACGACACCCUUACGUACCCUGGAGAAGCUCCAUCGACAGCCAGUAUCGCUCAUGUCGUACAACUCUCAAUACGACUGCGUGCUAUCAAUCGAUGAGGGUGGCAUGAUUGAAUACUGGAGCCCGUCUAGCAACUACGAGAAACCAGACAAUGUCUUCGCCAUCAAGAGCUCCACUAGUUUGUUCGAAUUCAAGAAGGCCAAAUCCGUGCCUUCCUCGAUUACCAUGUCGCCAAAUGGCCAGCAAUUUGCGACCAUGUCGUUCCCUGAUCGCAAGGUUCGCGUAUUUGACUUUCCCACUGGCAAGCUUUAUAGAACAUACGACGAGUCGCUGGCUACUAUUACAGAGAUGCAGCAGGCUGGAACCGCAAUCGAUAAACUGGACGACGUCGAAUUUGGUCGCCGACUAGGUGUUGAGCGCGAGAUUGAGCACCCUACCGUUCGUGCACGCAUCAACGUCAUUUUCGACGAAACAGGUAACUUCAUCCUCUACGGUUCGAUACUGGGUACAAAGGUCAUCAACACCCUGACGAAUCGAGUCGUAAAAGUCUAUGGCAAGGAGGAGCCGUUCAGAGCUCUGAACUUGACGCUCUACCAAGGCCAACCAGAAAAGAAGGGCGUCGUUACCGUACAAAUGGCCGCCAGUGACAACCCAUUGCUACAACAAGCAGAAGCUAGAGAUUCUAUGCUGGUAGCUACCGGAUCGGGCAAGGUCCGCUUCUACAUGUUCACAAAUGACACCGCCAUCGACAAGUCCAAUCGCGAUAUCCACAACGAGAAGCCGCGCACGAUAGCCACAAAACAGCAAGCAGAAGCCGCAAAGGCACAGACAGGCUCUUCAGCCACUAUCCACACAUCAUACGGCGACAUUCAAAUACGUCUAUACCCCGAGCACGCUCCCAAAGCAGUCGAGAACUUCACUGUACACAGCAAGAACGACUACUACAACGGCAUCAUCUUCCACCGCAUCAUACGCAAGUUUAUGAUCCAAACUGGUGAUCCGCUAGGUGACGGCACCGGCGGUGACAGUAUCUGGGGAAGCAACUUCGAAGACGAGUUCACUCCUGCCUUGCGUCACGACAAACCUUACACGGUCAGCAUGGCGAAUGCAGGCAAGGGCACCAAUGCCAGUCAAUUCUUCAUUACUACGGAGAAGACACCGUGGCUGGACGAUAAGCACACGAUCUUUGGUCGCGUGGUCAAGGGCAUGGAUGUUGUUCACAGAAUCGAGAACGCCAAAGUCUGGAAGGAGAAGCCGAUGGAAGACAUCAAAAUUAUCAGUAUCUCAGUGACCUAGAGUAGGUAGCUUGGUAUGUUUGCCUUUCUUUGCUC